GGGGCGGGGCCGCAGCGGUUCGACCCUCGCGCCUCGCGGUCUCGCCGGCCUUCCUCAGCACCGCGCCGAAGCCGCCGGGCCGCGCGCUUCUCUCAGCACCGCGCCGAGGCUUCCUUCUUUCUUCUCCCCCUGGAGGUCGUCUGCCGGGCCGAGGCGGAGCCGAGAACUCGACACGUGCCGGGAACGUGCCGGGCUGAGCGGCGAGGGACCGAUGGAGCCCGACGGCGCGACUGCAAACGAGACGCAAACGGAAUCUUUACCUUCGUCUCCCAACGCUGUGUCGCCAGUGCCAUUAAAUAACCCAACCGGUGCACCGAGGUUUGGAACAGUUACUCCAAAUCGCAUCUUUGUGGGAGGGAUUGAUUUUAAGACUAAUGAAAAUGACCUGAGGAAGUUUUUUGCUCAGUAUGGCUGUGUGAGAGAGGUGAAGAUAGUAAAUGACAGAGCUGGAAUAUCAAAGGGGUAUGGUUUCAUUACUUUUGAAACUCAAGAAGAUGCACAGAAGAUAUUACAAGAGGCUAAAAAGCUUAAUUACAAGGAUAAGAAGUUGAAUAUUGGUCCAGCAAUAAGAAAACAGCAAACGCGGAUUCCUCGUUCUAAUGUAAUACAAGAAGGUGGUACAAUGUACUUAACAACUUCAAGUGGAUAUCCUUAUAUUUACCAUAAUGGAGUGGCUUAUUUUCAUACUCCUGAAGUUGCUUCUGUUCAGCAGCCAUGGCCUUCACGCUCUGUUUCCAGUUCACCUAUGAUGGUAACGCAACCAGUUUAUCAGCCUCCUACUUACCAUUAUCAGGCACCAACGCAGUGUCUUCCAGGUCAAUGGCAGUGGUCUGUUUCACAGUCUCCAACCUCUUCACCUUCGUUGUUUUACCUGCACCCAUCUGAAGUUAUUUAUCAACCAGUAGGGAUUGCCCAGGAAGGUGGUUGCGUACCUUCUCCUUUCCUUCUAGUGGAAGCUGCAGUUCCUGAGCCAUUUUCUGAUCAUGGAGUUCAAGCACCCCCUCACCAGCCUUUUGCCCAGAAUGCUAUAGCCAUGCCUGCACCUGUGAGUCAAACUAAGCAAGUUAAAACAGUGUGGAGCAUUCACUAUUAAGCGCUUUGGGCAGCCUUUGUGUACCUGUUCUGAUUUUCUUGUCCAGUCCUUCCAGUGUGGCUGAGAUCAUCAACAUACCAGCUAGCAGCUGCCUGUUGUGAAGCUUAGGGAAUCAAGGUUGCAUUCUGUGAGAAGAAAUUUUUCACAUCCAUCGUCUCUGUGAGUCUGAAACCUUGGUAUACCUGAAGUCCCCAUUUUCAUCCUAGAAAAGAUUACAGACUGGAAGAUACAAUUCGUACACCACCUUCACCUACAGAUUCUGUAAAAUAGAUUUUUAGCCAUCUCAUUUGUUCGUGUUCCUAUCACGUGGAGGAAGUGUCGUUCCUGACUUGUGACAUUUGCCUGGAUGUGCCUAAAUGAAAAUGCCUUUGGCUUUGGAAAGGAAGAAUAUUUGUUUUUGCAGUUUGGACAGGGAAACACCCAAAACUGUGUUUUUAUCCUGUACAGCCUUUCUUAAUAAAAACACUUUCACUGGACAAAAUUGUAAUUUCUAGUAUACAGCCUACUGUUUAGAUAUGGAUCACUUACAUAGAUUUAAUAAAACAUGCCAUUUGUCAAGGGAAAAGUUACUUUGCAUUUCUGGAGUAUAUAGAUUUGAAAGAUCUGUUAGGAAAGGUGGAAAGGCCAUCUUCCCCACGUACUGACAGCAUUUACCUGCGAUGGAUUAUAAUCUGGUUAUCUAAGUCUGUAUUGCAAUAGUUUUUGUUUAUUUCUCUGCUUUUGUAAGAUAUCUUUACUUGUGUGUCAUUUUAGUGCUGGAGAGUAAUAACUUCUGAAAAUUUGGACCACUCGUUUAAUAAUUGCUUAUUUUCAUAGGAGGGUGACAGUUUUCUUAUAUACGGAAAGCAAUAUAUUUGAGUUUCUGCUAUGUUUUAAGCUAUAGAAGAAGACAGGAAUCGACUUACUUCUGUGACAAGGCCGUUUAAAAACUUCCCCUUACUGCUUUUAGUUUUUCUGUUGUCUGAGCAAGGCUUAGGAACUCCUUGGCAGUGUCAUGAGUGGAGAUGGAAUACUCUCUCCUCAGCUGCAGAAAGUGACUUUGUAUCCUUGCAUCUCUCCUCACCUCCCUUCAAUGAAUACCUUUUAUAUUCUGUAAAACUUGCAUUCUUCAAAGAUACAGCCUUACUGUACUUAAUAGGAAAGAGAAUCUGUAAUGACUUUAUUUAAUGUAUGUAUAAUAUCCUGGAACUUUUAAUUUAUGUUCUCUGUAGCAGUGUGCUUUUUCAUUGUUGUGGUUUUUUGUUUGGUUCUUUUGUUUCUUAAGCACUCAGGGAUCCUACACAGUGGGCAUUAUUGUCAGCCACUAAACUGUGUGUAAUGUGUAAAUACCUUAAGGGUGAUUCUAACCAUCAGUAGCAUCUCUGUGUUGUGCAGGAAAAAAGAUGGAGUCAGGUGCUGUUCUUACACUGGUUUGGAGUUGCAUGAAAGGAGAUGCCACAUUGUCAUGUUAUUUACUGUCUUGGUUGCAUGUUUGCUUAAGGUGUUUUCCAUGUUUUGCUAGGUGGAAGGAAAUCUAUGCAAUAUGAUUUCAACUUUCUGCUCAUUUGUUUUUAAAGAAGUGUUACUGUAGGAACUGGGAGAUUGCCGUGCCCUCCAUGUAUUAGAUACUUGCAACUUUAUGCAUGUUUUUGAGGGGGAAAGCAGUUCAUGUAGUGUGUUCUCUCUGAGCCAGUCUGUGCCAUCAGAAAUGUCUAUCCAGCUGACUUCUAUUUGAUACAGAUUUUAGAAUUAGAUGAGAUUCGUUUAGAGUUCAUCAGUAUGAAAAUUACAGAAAUGCUGGUGCAUCCUAACAAUAAUUCAUUUCUGUGGAAGAAUUUUUACAUAGUUAAUUUUGUAAAUGCUGGCGUGUCUCUGAAGGUGUCAAAGGAAGGUUCUGUGUUCUGUUAGAGCCGUAUUUGUUCUAUCCUGAAACAAGAACUCAUUUGACUCAAGGCUCAGAAAAUUUAGUCCCUAAAUCCUUAUUUUUGACGUUUGCAGUUUCAGUUUACAGAUAGGACUGAGCUGUUUUUAGAGAUGGAAGAAGUCAACUUUACAGCACGUACUGUGUUGAGGAAGUUUUCUGAACUAAUUGCUUGAAAAACUACGACUGUAGUGCAGUCAUUAGUCCAUCUGUCAGAUGAAGUGGCAUCUAAUGCAGAUAUUCACAAAAUGUCAUUUAUUUCCAUUUAUUGGGGCAGAUAAUAGAUUAUUGAUAAAUGAGUUCAUCUCCUGGCCUUUGUUUCAAAGAACAUUUACUUCAUUUUAACUCGCACAUGAGCACGAUCGUUUGGAAGCAUAUUCAGCAUUGGGCACAGAAGUAUUCCCAGGUGUUCUCUUACAGGCUCUCUAACUUCAGUCUGGAGGUAAAAUGUUAGGGUUAUCACCAUUUCUUAACAAUGUUUAGAUUUGAUCUGAGACCUCUGGAGGAGAAAAAAAAAGAUGAACCACUAAUUUUUGGCCUUCCUACAGGAACUGCUGGUGGCUGUUGAAAUAUUAAGGGUUUUCCAAUGAUACUUUAACUUAUUUUUCUUUAAAAUGCCUGCCAACAAUGAUCGCAUAAUACCAAUUAGUAGGAAGUGAACUUCUAAGCUUCCUGUGGUUGAAUCCUUCUUUAGACACAGUGGAGGCACAGUAACCAGCUUUUGUAGUUUGUACAGGGGUACAUUGGCAAGAUGCACUAAGAAUGAAUUGUAUAAUUCCUUUCUCAUGAGUGCCUACAGUUGCAUUAUUUUGACAUCACAGCUUUCAGCAUUUUUUUUCUUUCUUAAACUUUCCACUAUUACUUUCCUACCAUUUAAAGUUUCCAUAAUAUGGACAUUCUUUACUGAAGUCAGUUCAGUGCAGACACCGGGGUCCUGAUUUGGGUUUGGAGAGCAGCAACGCUUCCUUUGGGCUUCUGCAGUUUCCUGUCAGUAGCUGUAAGGCCUUACAUGUGUUAAAAUGGAUUGGAGCAGAUUAGGACUGUGUUCCCUGGAUGCUCACUAGCUAAGGGCGAGGCUUUGUGCACUACUUGUCACAUAUUAGCAAACAGAAUUAACGCCCAGGUUCUUACUCCCUGAGAGUUUAGUGACCUGCUAGUAUUGUUUUCUCCUGAGUUGGCUUUCACAGUAUUCCUAGUGAUUGUUAAUGUUUGAUUAAUGUUACGUAUCCGUGGCAAAAUGCUAGUUCUGACACUGUGCUAAGUGACCCUGUCUGACAACCCCUAGAUGUAAAGAGCUACAAAAGUUAUCGCUCUCCUGUAAUUUUAUGUAUUUAAUCAGGGAUUCUCUUAUGCAUUAAGUAGAAUUGUCUAGUUCCUUAAUGUUUUGGGUUCCUGCUGCUUCUCAUCCUGAGUACUGGAAGUCUAUUCAUCAUCCCUGUAAGCUGUUUAGUUUUUUUUCAUACUUAGGUUUGAUUCUUUCUAUUCUGAUAUUCAUUUCUCAAAACAGUUAAUGAGAAACUGCAUUCCAGUGGUAACUGAACAAAACCUGACAGAACACAUGGCUUUCUAAAAAUGUUUCCCUGUUUUUAGCAGUUUUUAAAUGUAUGAAGUUGUAUGGUUGUGAAAAUUUGGAAGUUUUUGAGUGAAAAAAGAACAGUAAAAUAGGUUUGUGGCUUUGUAAUGUUGAACAGCUACAGUAGUCUAAAUACAGCUGCUAUACGAUUUCCUUCACUUCUAUUUUCUUUCUAAAAGAUGCACAUUGUGAAUCAUUAUAUUAAAGAUCAAAAAUAUAAUGCCAGUGUCUUGAUAUGCUUGUACAAUCCUAUACACUUCUAGUGUAGAAAAUAUGAACGGAAAUACAGAAAGCAGAACAGUAAUACGUGGCUCUUAUUUGAGCGAUGUUUAAUACUGCUGCUGAGAUGUAAUGGGAAAGUGUAUUGCCUUACCAGGCCACUGUAGACUUCUUGAGCCACAAAUAAUUAGAAAAUACUUGAAGCUAAUUUUGAGGGCCUCACAUGGUCAUUUUAUGUUGCUGUUCACCAAUGGAGAUGUAGUCUACAUAAGUGUGUACAUUAAAAAAUAUAUUUUUAAUUGGUUUUUAAUCAGAUAAUUAAAAACACAUUCUAAAAUGUGUGGUUUUAUGUAAUCACAGUUGUUACAUUCGAUACUGUAUUGCAGGUACAGAAGAUCUAUUUAAUGCAGCCUUGUUAAGUGAGAUGUGCAUAGAUGAAAAUGUGUAAUACAUGUGUAGCUCUCAUAGAACUGUUUGCAUCUUUACAAAUCCAAAGCCCUUUCAGUGUGUGAUAUAGCAGUUUAAAAUAGAAUAAUUUGUGGUUUUUAACUUUUCACAAAGUUCUGGUUCGGUAACUGGGAGUUUAAUGCAUAUAUGUUGGUCCCUAUCUACUGUUUUAAUUGUAACUUCUGUUUAUUGUAGCACAGAUGAGUAACUUAAACAGUUUUAGAAAAAUGUUAAGAAUGGAAUUGAUGAGCUGUUGUCAUUAAACUGUGCUUCUGCAGUCAUUAAAAUAAA